AUGAAGUUGUCGAUUCGAAAUAUUCAAACAGUUGCCCACGGCCAUUAUUAUCACCGUAGACGAACGGCACAACCGAGUGUUGUUCAAUAUUCUAUGUUAAAUGUUUCAUGCCCAUCUGGCACUUAUUGCACAAUAUCAUCUUUCGAUAGGCUCAAACGCUCAGCCUCAUCACGUUACAAAAAAUAUCAAAAAAAAAAUUUAGCAUUUUCACAUUUAAUUAAACAACAACAACAACAACAACAACAAUAUAAUUCACAAAUAAAUUUAUUUCAUAAUACAAUACAAUCAUGGCAAUGA